AUGCGUCCGCUCACGGAGUCCGAGACUCAAACACUCUUCACAAAGCUGGCAAACUAUACGGGCCGCUCAUUAAACCAUCUCAUCGCACCUCCCACCUCGUCUGGCGACGAGUCUGCGGAUGAUCGAUAUGUCUUCAGACUACAUGGCUCUAGAGUCUACUACCUCCGACUCUCAGUGGCGAACCUUGCUACGUCGAUUGCGAGACCGAACCUGUUGUCGAUAGGAACCUGUCUUGGUAAAUUCACAAAGACUGGAAAAUUCAGAUUGCACAUCACGGCGCUGGACGUGAUAGCACCUCAUGCCAGAUAUAAGUUAUGGAUCAAGCCCAAUGGAGAGAUGCCAUUUCUGUAUGGUGGAAAUAUUGUGAAAGCGCACGUCGGUAGAUGGAGUGAAGAUUGCCCGGAGCAUCAAGGAGUUGUUGUGCUGUCAAUGGACGAUACCCCCCUUGGCUUCGGGGUAACUGCUCGCUCAACGAUGGAAGCCAGAAAGCUUGAUCCAACUGGGGUGGUAGCAUUUAGGCAAGGAGAUAUAGGGGAAUAUCUGAGAGAGGAGGAUACCCUUUUCACCACAUAA